UAACACUUUUAUUUCCGGGGUUAAAGCAGCCGCCAUAUCUGAAUGCGCUUUAAACACACAGACAUGUUUAUGUUUAGCCAGUUCAGAAAUACAGCACGAAAAACUAUAUAGUGCUUAAAUAUUACAUAAUAGACGUCCAACAGACAGACUAUAAAGAUGUCGUUGGUGGAUUUGGGAAAGCGUCUUUUAGAAGCAGCUCGGAAUGGUCUUGAUGACGAGGUCAGGACGCUGAUGGCCAACGGAGCUCCGUUCACCACUGACUGGCUUGGAACUUCUCCAUUACAUUUAGCAGCCCAGCAUGGUCAUUAUUCCACUGCUGAAGUCCUGCUGAGGGCGGGUGUCAGCAGAGAUGCCCGAACCAAAGUGGACAGGACCCCACUGCACAUGGCUGCUACAGAGGGCCAUGAGGUCAUUGUGGAUUUAUUAAUCAGGAGUGGUGCCGACAUCAAUGCCAAAGACAUGUUGAAGAUGACCGCUCUUCACUGGGCAGCCCAGCACGGCCAUCACAACGUCGCAGAGCUGUUGAUCAAACAUGGUGCUGAUGUACAUGCCCUCAGCAAGUUUGACAAGUCAGCUUUUGAUAUCGCUGUCGACAUACAACAUGCAGAACUUAUACACCUGUUACAGGAGGGAAUGCAGAAUCAGGUGAACAGGAAUGCCGAAGCAUCAAUCGUAAAUGGGAGCUCCACCCCACAGUUCAUCAUUCAGGGUGUCCCAAACCUUCAAGGGGGAGUCGUCAACCUCACUGACUUGAUCAAAGCCAACUCGGGUGACACAGAAGAGGCCAUAGCUGUCAGUGCUUUGGACUCAAGUAUCCAACAAGUGGUGAAUGAAUCGGGUCAGAGGGUCAUAACCAUAUUAACAGAUCAACAUGGAAACCUGCAGACAAAUGGACUCGGCCAACCUUUCUUUGUCACAAUGCAGGAUGGACGACAAGGUAUAACUAACUAUGUAUUGGCAGUUCCAGCCAAUCAAAUCACAGAGGAAGUGGUAGAGGACUCCGAACCUCCUGCUCGUAAAAGGAAAAUUGAAGUUUCAUCCAAUAAUUCAGAGACUGGUGAAACAGAGCAUCUCCAGUGGCAGUUACAGGAAGCUAACAGGAAAGCUCAAGCCUAUCGUCAGCAAUUGCUCCGCAAAGAGCAGGAAGCCGAGGGAUACCGUAUGAAACUGGAGGCCAUGUCAAACGGACAGACCAACGGCACCACGGCUCUGGACCAGGAGCACAUUGUGUUUGUGCAGGAAGAGGUCGGUAUCGAAGAAACAACGGAGGGAGAAGAGGAAGUUGUCAUGUUUUCAGAAGGUGGCGUAGUCAUCAAAACAGAAGAGAUCGAUUCUGCGGACGAGCAGAUCACUCUAGUGGAAGCCACGGCGGGUCACACAGAAGUCAUCUCAUAAAAGAGCACCCAAGAGCAUGGACUCAAUCCUCGAGCUACCAAAGAGUGCUUCAGCACGGUUUUUGGUUUGGUUCCUUUUGAUUUUUCAGCAAUUAAGUCCUUUUUGUAAUUUAUUUCCUUGUUCUGUUUUGGUUAAUGUUUCUUGCUUCAAAAAUGAAAGUUCACAAAGAAACAACCACAAUGUGCAUCAUAUGCACACACACGACCAGGGAAGAGGAUUCUUUCUGGGAGUCUGUAUCUGCAGUGUCCUGAAAAGUGGUCACCCAUCAUUUGUCCCAGAUGGGGUUCUUCAAAACAGCUGGAAAAGAUUCACUCAGGAUGGAACUCUUUGCAAAUUGCAUGUCUUUUGAGCUCCCCUAGAAAUGUAGCUGCCUUAUUCAGACAAUUCGUUUCUUUGCUUUUUCAAAUUAAACAUUGAAAAUUCAUCUCAGAGUGCAGCAGUGUUAUGUGUUCUAUGCAUUGGAAAUAAAAUAAUGCACCAGUUUCAAGAAUUUAAUUUGUAGGCAAUCUGUUUUUGUUUGUUUUUUUCUGCUGGACCAUUUAAAAAUCUGUAGGUCAAUUAAAAGUGCCUUGGUGUAUGUUUGGUCAUGUUUAAUUUUCAUACAUUAAGGAGUUUUUACAUAAAUGAUUCUACAUGAAUUGUUGCAUAUAUAGUAUUUGUUUAAAUGGGUAUAAAGCAUAAUUCCCAUUCAUUGAACAUUUUAACUCACAUUCCUUGUGUAACAUGUACCGGUAUUUUUUUAUUUUUUUUUUUUGAGUAUAAUAUGUUUUGUUUUAGUUACUUUGAAUCUUAAGUUGAGAGCUCUUGGCCACAAUGACAGUUAAAGGGAUAGUUCACUCAAAAAUGAAAAUUCUGUCAUCAUUUACUCACCCUCAGUUGUUCCAAACCUGUAUGAAUUUCUUUGUUCUGCUGGACACAAAAGAAGAUAUUUUGAAGAAUGUCAGUAACCCAACAUUUGCAACCAAGCACCACAUUGAUUUUCAAAGGGUUUUUCCCCCCAUACUUUUUUUUUUUUUUUUCCAUUUACCCAUAUUCUUCAAAAUAUCUUCUGUGUUCAGCAGACGAAAGAAAUGUAUACAGGUUUGGAACAACUUGUGGUUGAGUAAAUGACAGAAUUUUCAUUUUUGGGUGAACUGUCCCUUUAACAGCGCUUUCACAAAUGUAAAAAGUCUGAUUUCAGUAUCAGGGUUUUGUAUCUGUCUAGCUAGCCUUUAUGUGUAAUGUUAUCUCCCUGAGUUAAUCAGUGGUUUUUGAGGCACAUUAUAAUAUUGAUAUAUACAUUAGAUGGCAAGAGCGUGACUUUUAAACCGAAUCCAAUUUUGUGCUAUAUAACAAAAAAUAGUGACAGUAAAUGAUGUGUGUGAAGGACAUAAUUGUAGUAACCGCAGAAGGAAUGAUCAAUUUUAACCAGUUUUGAUUGCUUCUCACAUAGGAAAUAUGUAACUAUUUUCUUUUUAAAACAUUCAUAAAUUGUGAAUGUUUCUUUUUUUAUGUAAAGACAUCACCGUCCUCACAUUGUAUAAAUGAACCACAGUAAUAUACUGGCACUACAAUUUAUGGACCUACACUGGUGAAAAUGCAUAAUUUUGAGUUUAGAGAUUCCCCCACUUGUGUUAUAUGCUUAAAUGAUGUAUAAAGCUUUUGACUUAUUUUUGAUUAAAAAUAUUGCAAAUAUCAA